CCACCCAAUCCGAUCUCAUCAGAAAACAAAGAGGAUUUCACAGAGGGCGUCUUAAUAAACGCCUUCGACUCUUCGUCUCCCUGUACGUGCGAGCCUCUCGUUCUUCCAUCUCUUUCGUUUCGUUUUGCGGUUUCAACCGGGAAAGAUGAGGGAGUGCAUUUCGGUCCACAUCGGUCAGGCCGGUAUCCAGGUCGGCAAUGCCUGCUGGGAGCUUUACUGCCUUGAGCAUGGCCUUCAGCCUGAUGGCCAAAUGCCCGGUGACAAGACUGUUGGCGGAGGUGACGAUGCCUUCAACACAUUCUUCAGUGAAACUGGAGCUGGCAAGCAUGUGCCUCGUGCUGUGUUUGUUGAUCUUGAGCCCACCGUGAUUGAUGAAGUGAGGACUGGUACCUACCGCCAGCUCUUCCACCCUGAGCAACUCAUUAGCGGCAAGGAAGAUGCUGCCAACAACUUUGCCCGUGGUCACUACACCAUUGGCAAGGAGAUUGUUGAUCUCUGCUUGGACCGCAUCCGGAAACUUGCUGACAACUGCACUGGGCUUCAAGGUUUCCUUGUUUUCAAUGCUGUUGGCGGAGGAACUGGCUCUGGUCUUGGUUCACUUCUUUUGGAACGUCUGUCUGUUGAUUAUGGAAAGAAGUCAAAGCUUGGGUUCACUGUGUAUCCAUCUCCACAGGUGUCUACAUCUGUGGUUGAGCCCUACAACAGUGUCCUCUCAACCCACUCCCUCCUGGAACACACCGAUGUUGCAGUGCUCCUUGACAAUGAGGCUAUCUAUGAUAUCUGCAGGCGCUCUCUCGACAUUGAGCGACCCACCUACACCAACCUCAACCGUCUUGUGUCUCAGGUCAUUUCCUCCUUGACUGCUUCUCUGAGGUUCGAUGGUGCCCUUAAUGUGGAUGUGACUGAAUUCCAGACCAACUUAGUUCCAUACCCCAGAAUCCAUUUUAUGCUUUCCUCAUAUGCACCUGUCAUCUCUGCGGAGAAGGCGUACCAUGAGCAACUCUCAGUGGCUGAAAUCACCAACAGUGCCUUCGAGCCCUCAUCCAUGAUGGCAAAGUGUGACCCCCGUCAUGGCAAAUACAUGGCCUGCUGUCUGAUGUACCGUGGUGAUGUUGUGCCCAAGGAUGUGAAUGCUGCGGUCGCCACCAUCAAAACCAAGCGCACCAUUCAGUUUGUGGACUGGUGCCCCACCGGAUUCAAGUGCGGUAUCAACUACCAGCCACCCACUGUCGUUCCAGGAGGAGACCUUGCCAAGGUCCAGAGGGCUGUGUGCAUGAUCUCUAACUCGACCAGUGUUGCUGAGGUGUUCUCCAGAAUUGACCACAAGUUUGAUCUCAUGUAUGCCAAGCGUGCCUUUGUGCACUGGUAUGUGGGUGAGGGUAUGGAGGAAGGAGAGUUCUCUGAAGCCCGUGAGGAUCUUGCUGCCCUUGAGAAAGAUUAUGAAGAAGUGGGCGCAGAGUCUGCUGAGGGCGAGGAUGAUGGAGAGGACGAGUACUAAGCGCCUGAACUGAAGUUUCUAUCGCGUGUUGUUUUGCUAUUUGAAUAAUAAUAUGAUGAUGCCUUGUGUGUCAUCUGGUUGUUGUGUGUUUGUGAACUUGUGGUGGAGUUGUUGCGUUUGCAAUGCUAUUUGAGUAAUAAUGUGAUAUAUGAUAUUCCGCAUUUCCAUUUGACAAUGAAAGAGACCGAAACUGAACCUGUUUGGUACC